AUGACUGAUUUGAAUUUACAGGAAGGCCCUUUGGUGCUUGAACCUGGACCCGUGUUUGCCAAGGAUGGAGACAAGAACCGGAGUGAACAUAUCAGCUACAAAAUACUACAAGGAAACGAAGGAAAUCUUUUCCAAAUUGACGAGGACACGGGUAACAUCACGAUGAUCAAAGCUGCAGAUACUGUUGGCCCAAUUAUCCUGACUAUAUUGGCAUCACAGGUGACCAACAGAGAUCAGUUUGCAGUGACACAGGUGACCUUUGAUGUGAUGAAGAAGAGUAGAAACCCUCCUCGCUUUGAGAAAGAACGAUAUGAAGGAUUCAUCUACAGUAACUCUGUCCCAGAGAGUAUGAUUCUCCGAGACCGAAGCACUAACCGUCCAUUUAGGGUCAGAGCUCGUGAUGAGGACUUUGCUACUGGUGUUAAUCCAGAUGUGAAAUAUGAGGUUCAGUACAGCAGCUAUGUCAACGUGACCUUUGAUGGGUUUGUUGUCCUGAAGAGAGUUGUAAAGACAGAGUUAUUCGCACUUCAGCUCCGGGCAGUGGACACAACAACAGGCGAGUUUGGAACUGCAGCACUUUCUGUUCAGGUUUUACCAGUCAUAGCCAUGCCAUCCUCAUCAAGUAUUGGCUAUCGUCCAGGUGACAUGGCGCUGCUGGGUCUCAUCAUGGCAGCACUUUUGGUCCUGUGUCUCAUCAUAAUUGGCUUCUUAUUAUCUCACCUGUGGAAAGGAAAUGCGAGCAUGAAAAAUAUAUGUGAGUGCCUUGGUCCCUGUCUUCAGUCUGAACAGCCUCGUACCAGUCGCAGAGACUCCCUACAGUUCACUAAUGAUGGCUUCCAGAUUGAAAGUGACCCAAGCAGAGGGAAUACCAGAUGCUUGAACAUCAUUCCCAGGCAUAGCACCUUCCCAUGGCCCAGGAACCAAUUUCCUUCCCUGGAGAGGCAGAACCGUCACUGCUCCACCUGUGGUGCUUACACUAACCACAUCUCCAAGGGCAGCCCAUUAGUCAGGUGGGGCCGAGGAGAUGAAGAUGAGUACAGCAGGAAGCAGCGUCGAAAGCAGGGUCAGAAGAUGGUUUGGUUCAAGGAGUGCAAAGACUCCUCAGACAUAGAGGUGGAGAUCAUUCCGGACACUGUGGGCAAAAUGGAGGAGGAGACUGAGGAAGAGCUGGAGGUGGAGAUGGAGGUCGUUAUCAGAGAUCAAGCUGGCCCUCUGAGCAAACUUGAAGGUAGGCAAGAGAGUCAGCCCAUUGUACUGAACAAUGAGUUGAAUCCUGGAAAUACAAGCUCAGACAAAAAGAAAGGAGAAGCAGAGGAGGAACAUUGA